AUGUUCGGGAUACUCGCGUUCGUCACGGAAACGGCACUGAUGAUGUUGGAACCGGUGUACCUGACGUACAAGGGACUGGAGGCCGUCGAGGCGGGCGAAGGUAGCCUCGACCCGGAGCAGUGGCGGAGGCUGCUCGUCCACUGGAUCGUGUACGGCGCGUUCCGGGCGGUGGAGGGCCUGGCCCGGCCGUGGGUGCCGUUCUACGACGUGGUCAAGAUCUGCGCCAUCGUGUGGUUGCGCGCGGGCGGCUCGGAUACGGUGUACCAGACGAUCAUCCGGCCGUUCCUGGUCGAACAUGAACCGGACAUCGACAUGUGGAUAGACCAGCUGAACCGCACCAGAGACUCGGUGGUGGCCGCCACCACGGUGAUAAGCGCCGCCGUCACAGGCGACCCCGACGCGACCGACGACGGUGAGCCGGGGGAAGUGACGCAGCCGGAACCGGAGCCUGUGUCCGGAGGUCCAGCGGCCGCCAGUCCUGCAGUGCCCGUCAAGCCUACAGUGGCCGUAAGUCCCGCCGUGCCCGCCAAGCCUACAGUGGCCGUAAGUCCUGCCGUGCCCGCCAAUACCGAACCCCCCAGUCCCGAGCCGAACGAAGAACAACGCCGCAAGGAUCAAUGA